AUGAGUUCUUUUCGACGAGACAAAAAAGAGGAAGAAGAUGGAGGUGCCAAUAUGUUUCAAAAUCUGGAUAAAACAACUCUAUUACAAGAAGCUAGGUACUUCAAUUCCACGCCUGUGAAUCCCAAGAAAUGCAUUCACAUAUUGACCAAAAUUAUCUACUUGCUAAAUCAAGGAGAGAAACUUACUACCCAAGAAGCUACUGAUAUCUUUUUCGCGACUACAAAACUGUUUCAAUCAAAAGAUGUAAUGUUGCGCCGCUUGGUCUAUCUAAGUAUUAAAGAACUUAGUUCCUUGGCACAGGAUGUAAUUAUUGUAACUUCAUCACUGACUAAAGAUAUGACUGGUAAAGAAGACCUUUACCGAGCUGCUGCAAUUAGAGCUCUUUGUAGCAUAACUGACAGCACCAUGCUGCAAGCUAUUGAACGUUAUAUGAAGCAGGCAAUUGUUGACAAAAAUCCUGCUGUGAGUUCUGCUGCACUUGUGUCUGCUCUGCAUUUGUCUGCAACUGUCCCGGAUUUGGUUCGUCGAUGGGUGAACGAAGCUCAGGAGGCGAUUAUGUCUGACAACAUGAUGGUUUCAUAUCAUGCGCUUGCGGUCGUCGCUGGUGCCAGACGCAAUGACCGUCUGUCUACUGUAAAACUAGUAACGAAAUUAUCGCGAGCACCGAUUCGAUCUCCGCAUGCACUUUGUCUGUUAGUACGUCAUGCUGCUAAAUUAGCUGAAGAAGAUAACUCAGAAGCUUCCGAACCUUACCUCGAGUUUAUAGAGUCGUGCUUACGCCACAAGUCUGAGAUUGUUGUCUAUGAAGCGGCACACGCCGUAGUUAACCUUAGAAAAUCUGCCAGAGAUCUAGCUCAAGCUGUUUCUGUAUUACAGAUAUUUUGUGGUUCUUCUAAAGCUACUUUGCGACUUGCUGGUGCUAGAACUCUAGCAAAAUUAACAACAAAGCAUCCCAAUGCAGUAUCAGCUUGCACAGUGGAUCUUGAAAAUUUGAUUUCUGAUCCUAAUCGUUCUGUGGCUACUUUAGCAGUUACAACUCUUUUGGCGACUGGUGCUGAAAGCUCUAUCGAUCGAUUAAUGAAACAAAUUUCGGGUUUUAUGUCUGAAAUAUCAGAUGAGUUCAAGAUUGUAGUGGUAAGUGCUAUACGACGUCUCUGUGCAAAAUAUCCACGGAAACACCAAUCCCUGGCUGCGUUUUUAGCGGGCAUGCUUCGUGAUGAAGGUGGUGUGCAAUACAAAACUGCUAUUGCAGACGCUAUUAUAUCAUUAGUAGAAGAAAAUCCGGAAGCCAAAGAAACUGGCCUUGCCCACCUCUGUGAGUUUAUUGAAGAUUGUGAACAUACAUCGCUUGCAGUUCGUAUAUUGCAUGUAUUAGGUCGCGAAGGCCCUAAAGCGCGUCAACCUUCUAGAUACAUCAGAUAUAUUUACAACAGAGUGAUUCUGGAGUCCGGCCCUGUUAGAGCUGCCGCAGUGUCGGCAGUAGCCCGUUUCGGUGCAGCUAGACCUGAACUUCUCCCAAACAUGAGAGUAUUACUAUCACGUUGUCAAUUAGAUGAUGACAAUGAAGUACGGGAUCGAGCAAUUUAUUACAGUGCUAUAUUGGAUUCUGACGACCAAGAACUUAUUAAUGAUUACAUUAUUAAUGUUCCCAUUCCUAAUAUGGUGCUUUUAGAAAAAUCUCUUCAGAAUCAUAUUAAUACAAAUCCCGAGGACGUGUUCAAUAUUGACUCUGUUCCAACUGCAGAAGAAACUAAAGAAACCGAGGAAGCAUCUGUCCAAAUCGAACCAAGGAAGCAGUCUGUUGCGUCACUUGAAGAACAGUACUUUGAUCAGCUGAAAAUUAUUCCAGGCAUUGAGAAAUUUGGUCCAACAUUUAAAACUUGCCAAGCAGUUGAUUUGACAGAGUCUGAAACAGAAUACCGUGUGCGAUGUGUUAAACAUAUAUUCGCACGUCAUUUAGUACUACAAUUUGAAUGUCUGAAUACAUUGAGUGACCAACUACUUGAAAAGGUUCAUAUUCGUUUAGAUACUGUUCCUGGUUAUAUAUUUUUGGGGGAAGUUGCUUGUGAGCAACUACCUUAUGACAAGCAAGGAAGUGUCUUCUGUAUUUUGGAGUUUCCCGAAAAUCCACUAGAUACAUUGGGUAGCUUUGGAGCAGUACUUGAGUUCGUAGUUCGGGAUUGCGACCCAACAACUGGUUUACCUGAUCCUGGAGAAGGUUAUGCUGAUACAUAUCCUUUAGAAGAAAUUGAAAUAGGUUGCGCUGAUCAGUUUAGAACCCGUGCAGUGGGUGAUGAUUGGGAAGCCUCAUGGGAGAGAGCUGCUUCAGCUCAUGAAUCAUGUGACACGUUUGGUUUGUCACAAAACAGCGUUGGAGAGGCAGCCAUAGCUGUAUGUGAACAUUUAAAUUUACCUAAAUCAGCUAUAAGUGGUGAUGCUGUAAAAGAGAUUCGAGGGUGUGGCUUGUGGCGUGAGGGUGCUCCUGUUCUGAUAAGAGCUCGAUUGCUAGCAGCACAGGGCGCUGUUACGAUGCAGCUUACGGCAAGAAGUCCACGCGAAGACAUCGCUACGCUUCUUUUAGCAGCUGUGGGCUAA